UAGAGAGAGGCGGAGAGCAGAGACUAGAGAGAAAGCUUUACGAUCAUUAUGGAAUCCUUUAGUCAAAUACAAUCCACUGGAUUUUCUUUAACAAGUGGGGAAAACCUUAUUUGGCGUGUUAUAUUGGAGACAAUGCUCUCUCCACUACAUGCAGAUAGGGAAAUCACUCGUGGUCCUCUCACAAUCUUUAAGAGUUGGGCGUGGGCCUUAUCAGCAAACAGGUUGUCUCAUAUGAUUUAAUUAGUGGAAUCCCACAAUGGUAAACAUAAUAGUGAAUGGCACUGUCCAAUCGCCAAUCUUUGUAAUUAAAAACUACGUUCUCUUUGUUUAAUAAGGUUUUGGGUUCAUCCUAUGAGAACAGAGGUAUACUUUUACUUAUUUUUUAUUUUUGGAAAAAUUUCAUUAUAAAUCCAAUAGUUUAGAAUUAAACCCUAUAACUUCAAAAAGUAACAAAUUAUGAUUUAUUUAUUUAAAAGUUAAACCUUAAUAUCGGUUGAGGGUUUAAUUUGUUUCUUAUGAAACUACGAUAUUUAAUUUGUUAUAGCACAUGAAUGAUAAGGUUUAAAAUGUAUUCCCCUCCCCCCUUUCCUUUUUUGAGGACUACCCUUCACUUUCAGUGUAGCUUAUUGUUGCUAUUCUAAAAAAAUGGUAAAAAGAUUAUCAUGACCUCCCAAAUCAGCAACAUUUUUUACCAAUAAGACUCAUUUUUCAUGGUUCUAAGUCACCAUCAGUACUAACCCCCCCAAAAAGGUUAAAAGAUAACACCACCAGUGUAGCAAGAGGAAAAAAGAAAAAGAAAAAAGCUAAAAGCAUCAAUCUUUUUUUUCCUUACUAGGCUUUGAAGCUUUUACAUUAGUGCACAUAAUCGGAUGUCAUUCAUGCAAUCUUGUUUGUGGAAAUCCAUGCAACAUGCACCAUGCACCAAAUGUUUGAAUAGAUUACCACAAUGAACUAGUGUCAGCUUUUAGAAUUGUCUGUUGCAAGAUAUCUGCAAUAGCUUCAUGUACUUAAGGUCUGUGUGGGCAUUGCCAGCAAGGUAAGGCUCCUCCAAUCUCUGAAAACAGUAGCUUCAAUGGGUACAUUUGUUGGGCACAUAGUACCUGGUUUGGCACUCACUCUCUUAGGUCUAUGGCACACCAUCAACACAAUUAGAGCCUACUUUCUAAAAGGCCCUGCUAACUUCAGAAUAAGGUUUUGGUACCCAUUUGGUGGCUCUCUAUCCAAACUUAAACACCUGGAGCUUAUUUUCAUCCUGUGUUUUUCAGUUUUUGCAAUACUUAUGCAAGUUCUAGACUACCCUUUCUUUCGUUUUGCUUUCAGGCUUGACAGCUUUGAGCAUGCAACCAUGUUCCUCCACCUGGUUAUUUUUGCAGGUUUUACCCUUUCUGCAGAGCUGACUCAUUCAUUAGAGAUCCUCUCUGGAGUUGUAGGAAUCCUUGCAGCCACUGUAUUUGGUCAAGAACUUUUUCUACUUCAUUUCCACUCUGCUGACCAUGUUGGACUUGAAGGCCACUACCAUUGGCUAUUGCAGCUCAUAGUUUUAAUCUCUUUCAUAGUAGCUCUGGCAGCAACUUGUUUUCCCACUAGUUUUCCUGCAGCUCUUGUUCUUUCGAUUUCAGUUGUGCUCCAAGGCUGCUGGUUUAUGAUUAUGGGAUUUAUGCUGUGGGCUCCCCAGUUUGUCCCAAAAGGCUGUGUUAUGUUUUUGACUGAGGCUAGCAGUGAUAACAUGCUUGGAGCAGUCAGUUGCAACUCUGAUGAGGCUGAUACGAGAGCUAAAGCACUGGCUAAUUUGCAAUUCAGUUGGAUGCUUUCUGGAAUAUUGAUAUUUACAGGAUGUAUUUGCUUGAAAUUAGCUGGAAAAUUCACCCUAAGGGGACAGUCAACUGAGUAUGAGCAACUUCACAGUAGAGGUGUGGAUCUCCCUGUAUUAAUUGAUGGCUUCAAGCAACCUCAUCCAUAACAAUUGAAGUAUGCCAAACCUUGCAAGUCACGACCUUUUAAGGUCACAGAGCACUUAAUAUAUAGAUUAAAUUAGAGUUGGCAUUGAUAAAUGUGAACUCCUAUCAAUGUGAACUCCAGGGGCAUAUCUCUAAAGAUUUGUAGUGCCCCCAUGAAUAAUUGUUUCAGGAGUUGUAUCAUUAUACUGGUGGUAUACUAUAUGAUGUGAUAUAACUUAUUUAGUUACUAAGAUGAUACUCAUCUUGAAGUGUGUGGAAAAAUUUGAAGGGCAAAGUUCAUUUAUGACUCAUUUAAUUUGAAAUAUGAAAUGACAAAGGGCCAACGAACUCUAGCUUAAUUGGCACUGCCUCCUCUUGCAAGGGUUAGGUGGAGGGUGAGAUUAUGGGUUCAAGUCCCAUUUUGAUCGCAUGUAAUUUACCACUCCAAGAGAAAAAAGAAAAGAAAAAAAAGAAACGACAAAGUCCUUCUGGUGUGAAUUCAGGUUUGCUGCUCAAGUUGUCUUCCCAAUCAUUUUUGCCCCUCACUAAAUCCAACUAAGGUUACUACUAUAGUUUUUUAUAGGCUAGAGUACCAAGCCUGUUGAGACUCAUACCAGUGACACCUGAGUGAAUUUUGGAACAUUAUGGCUAUAAUCUUCCCAAUCAUUUUAUGUUUCCAUAGAAUAGUAGAACUUAGCUUAAAUUCUUUAAUUGCUAUACCUUAAGUUGUCCAAUAAGAUGCAAUCACGUGGUUUUGGAAGCUAUAAUUUUACAAGUGCAUUGACUAAUAAGCCAAUAAGUUACAUUACAUGGUUGUUUUGUAUUAAUCAAUUAUUAACCUAAUAUAAAAAUGUACCUAAGUUUUGCUCUCUAUAGAGAAUAGAGGGUAGCCAUGGAGUAAUUGUAUCAUCUAAUUUAACUGUUUUAAGUCGGUUAGUCUUGGCCUUCGGCAUAAUCCCCAAUCAUUUAUUACUUGGUUUAUAAAGUUAGAAAAUCACAAGCUGUUUGUCUCAAACAAUGUUGUCAACACCAUACAAAAGGCGGUUUCAAUUUGAUUAGGAAAAAAAAUAUUUUGGUACCAAUCAAUAUUAGUGUACCAUUACAAUGGUAUUAAUUAUAUAUGUGUGUGUAUAUAUAUAUUCAUUAAAUUAGUAAAUUUUGGUCGAAUUCCAAAUAAUUUGUCAAGAAUGUUUAAAAUUAUAAUUCCAUUCCUUAAUUAAUAUGCCAACCUCUAACUUGACAUACUAACCUAACA